CAACAACUCUACUCAAUGUGGUUAGCAUAUGCUUUGACUGUAGACCUGCAUUGUGUAGGAGCUGUGUUGUGCUGGCCAAAUGGCUGUAAUAAAGUUUGUUGUUUCCAGAGUUGUACAGUUCAGACGCCUCAAGGACAAGACUAUGAAGGCCGAGCCUACCGUGGAAAGCAAAUUACUGGUGUGUCUAUUUUGAGAGCCGGAGAGACCAUGGAGCCUGCCCUGCGGGCUGUCUGCAAGGAUGUCCGAAUUGGCACUAUCCUUAUCCAGACAAAUCGCUACACAGGAGAACCAGAGGUAACAAACCUGGGAUGUAACAAAGAAUGUUGAAUUUUAACCCUUUGCUGUCCCCCCUUUCUUUCAGUCUUAUCUUCAUUCU